GUUUUUUUUUCUCUUUCUGCUCUUUCCCUAUUCCCUCUCUUCAGACGAGCAGAGCAGAGCGGGACUGAGUGAGAGGAGGACAGAGACGCAAACGUGUACAGACCAGAGCACAGCAACUCCACAAAGACAAGAGAGAAGAGUUUGCAAGGAGAAAAUAAGAUAAAGAAAACAGCUUUUUUUCCAUCAGCAAACUGUGGUGGAUAUCAUACCUACAUCAAAAGAAAUCUAGAAGAACAAAAAGGAUUUGCUUUGCUUCACAGCUGAGAGGAAAAUAUUAGCAUUUCUUUCAAUUUAGUUUUCUAUUUUUAUUCACCACAAAUAAUAUAAUAAAUUAUAUAAUUAUUCUAGAGGACUUGCAAGGUGUAGCAGGACUCCUUUUUGCAGAGAAGGAGAGAAAGGUGGACAGAAAGAAGUAAGAGGUUUGUUGAAGAACAGCUUGCUGCAGUGGUGGUGAAUAUGCCCGUCAGAGGUAGCUGUCUUGGGGCAGGCAUGGGCAGGCUGGCCGGACAGCCACUCUGGAUGUGGGUGGUGAUGCUCUCUGCUCUGCUCAUGGGCAAUGCCAGUGCCUGCCCAGCCCUGUGUACCUGCAGUGGCACCACAGUUGACUGCCAUGGACUGGGACUCAAAACCAUGCCAAGGAAUAUUCCCCGCAACACUGAAAGACUGGAGCUGAAUGGGAAUAACCUCACACGCAUCACCAAGAGUGACUUCGCUGGACUCAAGUACAUUCGAGUUCUGCAGCUGAUGGAGAAUCAGAUUGCUGUGAUUGAGCGUGGGGCUUUUGACGACAUGAAGGAGCUGGAGAGACUGCGGCUGAACCGUAAUCAACUGCAGCAGCUUCCUGAGUUACUGUUUCAGAAGAACCCUGCCCUGUCUCGACUAGAUCUGAGUGAGAACUUCAUCCAGUCCAUCCCCAGAAAAGCAUUUAGAGGAGCUACAGACAUCAAAAACCUCCAGCUAGAUAAAAACCACAUCAGCUGCAUUGAGGAUGGAGCCUUCAGAGCUCUCAGAGGCUUGGAAGUGCUAACGCUGAACAACAACAACAUCAGCAGCAUCCCCGUCUCCAGCUUCAACCACAUGCCCAAGCUACGAACCUUCCGUCUCCACUCCAACAAUCUGAACUGUGACUGUCACCUGGCAUGGUUGGCCCAGUGGCUCAGACAAAGGCCUACAAUUGGUCUAUUCACCCAGUGCACUGCCCCUUCUGAGCUCAGAGGACUAAAUGUGGCAGAGGUACAGAAACACGAAUUCAGCUGCUCAGGUCACCAGGACUCUUCCAGCCCUCAGCCGUGCAGCAUCGGCGGAGGCUCUUGCCCCGCCAUGUGUACCUGCAGUAACAACAUCGUGGAUUGUAGAGGGAAAGGUCUCACCGCCAUCCCAGCCAACCUGCCUGACACCAUGGCUGAGAUACGUCUGGAGCAGAAUGGGAUUAAGUCUGUUCCUCCUGGAGCCUUCUCUCCCUACAAGAAACUGCGUAGGAUAGACCUUAGCAACAACCAGAUCUCAGAGAUAGCUCCUGAUGCCUUCCAGGGCCUGCGCUCCCUCAACUCCCUCGUGCUGUAUGGAAAUAAGAUCACCGACCUGCCCAAGGGGGUGUUUGACGGCCUCUACGCCCUGCAACUGUUGUUGCUGAAUGCCAAUAAGAUUCACUGCGUUCGUGCCAACGCCUUUCAGGACCUGCAGAAUCUCUCGCUGCUAUCGCUCUACGACAACAAGAUCCAAACCCUUGCCAAGGGCACCUUCACUUCACUACGAGCUAUACAGACCCUUCACCUGGCCCAGAACCCUUUUAUUUGUGAUUGUAAUCUGAAGUGGCUGGCAGACUACCUGCGCUCCAACCCCAUCGAGACCAGCGGCGCCCGCUGUGCCAGCCCUCGCCGACUCGCAAACAAACGUAUUGGACAGAUCAAGAGCAAGAAGUUCCGCUGCUCCGCCAAAGAGCAGUACUUCAUCCCAGGCACAGAGGACACCCGUCUGAAUAAUGCCUGUAACAGUGAUCCAGUUUGUCCUCCCAAGUGCCGCUGUGAGUCAAACGUAGUGGACUGCUCCAACCUAAAGCUCACCAAGAUCCCUGAGCAUAUCCCUUCAUCCACCUAUGAACUCCGCCUUAACAACAAUGAGAUCACCGCUCUGGAGGCAACUGGAGUGUUUAAAAACCUUUCCCAGCUGAAGAAAAUUAACCUCAGCAACAACAAGAUCACAGAGAUUGAAGAUGGGUCAUUUGAAGGUGCAUCAUCCGUCAAUGAGCUUCACCUCACAGCCAAUCAGAUUGACUCGGUCCGAAGUGGCAUGUUCCGUGGCCUUGAGGGACUGCGCAUGCUGAUGCUGAGGAACAAUAAGAUUAGCUGCGUCCACAAUGACAGUUUUACAGGGCUGCACAAUGUCCGCCUGCUGUCUCUGUAUGACAACCAGCUGACCACAAUCACUCCUGGAGCCUUCGACACUCUGCAGACUCUCUCCACCCUUAACCUUUUGGCCAACUCCUUCAACUGUGACUGCCGGUUGGCCUGGCUCGGCGAUUGGCUGAGGAGUAGGAAGAUUGUGACCGGUAAUCCUCGCUGCCAGCGUCCUGCCUUUCUGAAGGAGAUCCCUCUGCAGGAUGUGGCUCUGCCUGACUUCCGCUGUGAGGAGGGCCAAGAAGAGGUGUCAAGCUGUGUGCCCAGACCCCAGUGUCCCAGUGAAUGUACUUGCCUGGAGACUGUGGUGCGCUGCAGUAACAAGCACCUCCACACGCUGCCCAAAGGCAUUCCCAGAAACGUGACUGAACUGUACCUGGAUGGAAACCAGUUCAGUGUUGUACCAAAGGAACUGUCUACCUUCAAAUACCUACAGCUGGUAGACCUGAGCAACAACAAGAUCAACUCCCUGACCAACUCAUCCUUCGCUAACAUGAGCCAACUUACCACUCUAAUCCUGAGCUACAACUCCCUGCGUUGUAUCCCCAAAAUGGCCUUCAGUGGACUUCACUCUCUCAGACUGCUGUCCCUCCAUGGCAAUGAAAUCUCAGAGCUUCCUGAUGGCAUCUUCAACGAUGUGGCCUCACUUUCCCACUUGGCAAUUGGUGCCAACCCCUUGCACUGUGACUGUCACAUGCGCUGGCUAUCUGACUGGGUGAAGACUAGCUACAAAGAGCCUGGCAUCGCUCGUUGUGCUGGACCGCAGGGCAUGGAGGGCAAACUGCUUCUCACCACACCUGCUAAGAAGUUUGAAUGUACAGGUGAUGUGGACACUACAGUGCUGGCCAAGUGUAACCCCUGUCUGUCCAGUCCCUGUCUGAACCAAGGCAUCUGUCACAGCGACAUGGUGGAGAUCUACAGGUGUAGCUGCCCUCCAGGAUUUAAGGGCAAGAACUGUGAGACUGCUCUGAAUGCUUGUGUGAGUAACCCAUGUGCCAAUGGAGGAACCUGCCAAGUGAAUGAGGAUGAGGAGGGAGAAUACAGUUGCACAUGUCCACUGGGCUUUGAGGGCCCCACUUGCCAAACUAACAUUGAAGACUGCGAGGACAACAACUGUGAGAACGGAGCAACCUGCCUCGAUGGUGUCAACAACUACACUUGUUUUUGUCCCCCCUACUACACAGGGGAGAUGUGCGAAGAAAUGGAGGAUGUGUGCGCCCCAGGACGGAGCCCCUGCCAAUAUCAGUCUACCUGCCUCAUCACCUCCGCUGGACCAAAGUGUGUGUGCUCUCCUGGUUAUGUUGGUGAUGACUGCAGUUUAGACUAUAAUGACUGUGAGGAGCAUCGUUGUCAGAAUGGAGCUCAGUGUGUGGAUGAGCUAAAUGGAUACUCUUGCGUCUGUCCUGAAGGAUACAAUGGUCAGUUGUGUGAGGUUCCCCCAUCUGCACUAUCCCUGUGCGAGCUGGCCGACUGCCAGAACAACGCCCCAUGUGUGGAGCGAGGCGGGCGUGCUCUCUGCCAGUGUCCUCCAGAGUUUGGGGGGCCACGGUGCGAGAAGCUGGUCAGCGUCAACUUCAUUGACAGAGACUCCUACCUGCUGCUCUCUGACCUCAAGAACUGGCCACAAGCUAACAUCACCUUACAGGUGUCAACAGCUGAGGAUAAUGGUAUCCUGCUGUACAAUGGAGACAAUGAUCAUAUUGCAGUGGAGCUCUACCAAGGUCAUGUCAAGGUCAGCUAUGACCCCGGCAGCCAACCAGGACAUGCCAUCUACAGUACUGAGACUAUCAACGAUGGCCAGUUCCACACAGUGGAGCUAGUGACCUUUGACCAGAUGGUGAACCUGUCCAUUGACGGGGGCCUCCCUACCACAAUGGACAGCUUUGGGGCGGUGCGGCCCCUCAACGGGGAGGCUCCACUAUACGUGGGGGGUAGGGGCCCUCUCCAGAACACACCUCCCUCCUCUGCAGGCAUGCCAGUGGGUGUACACUCAGGUGCUUUCCGUCUCUGGCAGCUCCAGAACGGUUCCAGUUUCCAUGGCUGUAUCCAGAACCUGUACAUCAACAAUGAGCUCCAGGACUUCACCAAGACCCAGAUGAAGCCUGGCGUGGUACCGGGCUGCGAGCCCUGCAAGAAGAUCUACUGUGUUCAUGGCAUCUGCCAGCCUGAUGGGGUCCAGGGACCAGUGUGCCACUGCCAGCCAGGCUGGAGCGGGCCGCAAUGUGACCAGCCUGCUACCAACCCCUGCCAGGGCAGCAAGUGUGUCCAUGGAAAGUGCAUCCCGCUGGACACUCAGUCGUAUCGCUGCGAGUGUGCGGAGGGUUACCGUGGUGCCCUGUGUAACCAACAUGGGGAGCUGUUCAACCCCUGCCGUCGCCUGUCCUGCAAACACGGCCGCUGCCAGAUCUCAGACACAGGAGAUGCCUACUGUCACUGUGAAAGUGGCUACACUGGGGAACUUUGUGACGCAGAGUCUGAAUGCAGAGGGGAACCUGUGCGAGACUUCUACCAGGUACAGCGAGGCUACGCCAUCUGCCAGACGACACGCAUGGUCUCUUGGGUGGAGUGCACCGGGGCUUGCGACACGGGGGCUUGCUGCGCCAGCCAGCGAAUGAAACGCCGGAAAUACACCUUUGAAUGCAGUGAUGGAACCUCCUUCAGCGAGGAAGUGGAAAAGACCAUCAAGUGCGGCUGCAUGGGCUGCAUGUAGCACCAUUCACUCACAUUUCCUGCUGCUGCCGCCAAGCAGAAGAUAGAAAGAAAGGAAGGAAGGAAGAGAGAGGACUGGAGGAAAGCAAGGGAAAGAAAGAAAGAGAGAGAGUAUAAAGAAUAUAUAUAAAACCUCUAUCUAAAUAUUAUGGACAACAAUGUUUGUAAAAUAGGACAUUUCCUCCCCUUUCAAGGGUGUGUGACCUACAGUAACACAGAGAAACCAACAUCAUAAGCAACAAUGUAGAAGUGACAACAACGGCAACAGAACCAUUGUAUCUGCAACAUUGUUUCAAGGGGUCCAGAGAUUUCAAAGGUGUUGCAUUCAGAGUGAGGCAUCCCUCCAACCCAAAUAACCCAGUGUGAAUUCCCCAUCCAUCUGUAAGGCCUCUGACAGCCUAGCCACCAUCUACCAUCUUUACUUCGUGGAGGCAGUGAGGACAGUGGGGUCCAGCCUGGCUAUGAAUGGCAGAAGAAAGGCAGAUAAAGACAAAAAGAGAGAAACAGAGGGAUGAGAAGAGAGCUGGACCUUUUGACUUGGCAAAGCUAUCUUGAGUUGAGCUUGGCUGGGUUACCUGGACUGGGCUGGAUAUGGUUUGGGUUAAAGUUGUUGUUGUUUGGUGUAGCAAUUUCUCUGCCAGGAUCCAGUCAUCUAUCCACACAUGCACAUGUAGAAGUGAACAAAGAAAGGUUAGAGUGGCACAUAAUCCAGUGCGGAUGUCGAGGCUUCGAGGCCAGGUGGUCUGGCGUCACAGUUGUUUGCUGUGAGGUACCGUAAUGUAGAAAGUCCAUACAAAUAGAGACUGCACUGAGUAGCAGCACUGAAAACGACAGUCGUACACCUCUUUGCAGUACAUGAUCACACACGCAUGGCAUACAUACAUUUACACAGUCUUAACACUUGUAAAAGUGAGAGAGCUUGUGUGGCGCAACUAUCUAUUCUGUUCAUACAGCAAACCAAUCUGAUGCUGGAAGUGCCCAGUGAUUAUCAGUCCCCCAGCAUGCAUUGCCUCAGGGUCAGGAUGAUUUGCAUAAUCCCACCCCCUUUGAGCAGGAGGCUCUUUAGCCCUGCUCCUCUUGAUGCCUGCAGUAUUAAACUAGUGCAAACUGUUGCAUGUGUGGAGAAGAGUUUGCCAACAAAUAUGUAGAGCUUCUUAAUAUCAUUAUAAAUGUUAUUACAAAACAAAAGGUUGCAGAAUCAUCUUCUGAUUUUUGUUUUGUUGUGUCUAAUUUCCCAUAUUGAUUUGUUUUUAUUUUUGUUACAUUUCGUCUCAUGAGGUGACCUAACUCCUUUAGCCCC